CUCCCCUCAUCCUUUCUCUUCUUAUUUUUUUUUUUAUUUUUAUUUUUUUCAAUCCUAUAUUCUCAUUCCUUUACAAACAACUUUUUCUUAAAUAACCUAUUUUUCACCAUGGCUCUGCGAAGACUUCAAGCUGAACUUACUGACCUCAACAGGAACCCCCUCGAGAACGUCAGUGUGGGACCAAGUGAUGAUAGCAAUAUCCUUCACUGGAAAGGUCAUAUUCUUGGACCUAGCAACUCGCCAUACAAAGGUGGAAUCUUUAAAAUCGAUAUCCAGUUCAACACUGAUUAUCCUUUCAAGCCUCCAAAGGUCAAGUUCACUACCAAGAUCUAUCAUCCCAACAUUGAUGAGGAAGGCGCUAUCUGUGUUGCUUUGUUAAAGAAUGAUCAAUGGAAGCCAGCAACACGCGUUAACCAAGUCCUCCGUGCACUCGUCACUCUUUUAGAGCAACCUAACCCCGAAGACCCAUUGAUGACUGAUAUUGCUGAGAUCUAUGUCACAGAUCAAGCAAAGUUCCAGAAAACAGCCAAAGAUUAUACCAAGAGGUAUGCUUCCUCUUAAGAGUCAUAUCAUCAUCUCAAGUUGUGUUAUGAAUUAACACAUCAAGCCCUGGGUUUAAAAAACGAACACGCGGUGCAAUCUGUAGAGUGCCUUGAUGUUGUCCUUUGAUUCCAUUUCCAUGUCAACCAAAAUAUCACUGUUUUCCUCCAUUUUCAUAACUAGUUCAUAUACUCCAUUACUCUUGCAAAGAUUAUAAAAAAUAAAAAUAAAUAAAAAAAAUGGAUCUGAC